CACCUUCAUACAUACAUACACCUGUUGUACAAGCGCCAGUGCACGCUUGAACCCCUCAUCAAAUUUCGAUUCGAUUGAUAAAGUGUUGUGUCGCGCUGUGUCCAUUGGCGCCCGAUGCAGAGUCGAUUAUCUACUCGUAUAUUGGCGCCAAUAUUAAUGGCGAUUUGCCAGCUUUUGCUAAGCACUUAAAAUAUAAUAUAUGGAGUUAGAGUUCAUAAUAAUUAUUGCGAGUUUUUGGUGUUCGUUAUUCGAAUUUGGUGCUCGAAUUGUUCUGAUUGACAAAAUGUGUAUUUAUGUAUAUGUGUGUAUAUGUAUGUACAUGCAUACCUACAAAGUAUUAGUAAAUGGAUGUCGGGAAAAACUGGAUUGCUUGCUCAAAGUGAUAGACAUCGUCAUACAAGUGAAACAGGGCGUGUAAUUACAAUGACCGAAAUUUCUUGGAUUGUACCACAUACGUUUUUAUGUUAACUUUACGCCGAAUGAGCGAUGAAACUGGAUAAUGGUUUAUGUUGGCUAGUGGCACUGAUUUUCGUAGCCUGCAACAUUUCCUCAGGCGACACUCGUGAGUCACAAUUGCGUAUCGGUAAGGCCAUCAAUAUUUUCGUGCGCUAUGGCUAUCUGGGCAUAUCAAUGCGUGUCAUUCCUUACAAUGACAGUUACGAAGUGGACAAAUGGUUGUUCAAGGAGCCGACAAAGUCUAUUUAUAAGGAUCUAAGUUCUCUCAGCGAGAGCCGCGAAGAUAAUGCUCCAGGCAUUUUUCAUGGCGACUUUCAUAUGGAAUUCUGCGAUAAUCGACGCCAACUGUAUCAAGCUUACUUUCGGGAUUUUACCGUUGAACGGUUAGACAAGCCGUGGGAGGCCUUUACCGGCGGUUGGUUCGCCGACAAUGCAGCCAAAAAGCUGGGUAUCAACACAUCCUACAUACAGGGCGAAUAUUCCUAUGUGCUGGUACGCGUUGUACGCUUCCGUGAGGUGGGAAAAUUCAAAGAAGAUAUACCACUGAAUCAGACGUUGGAGAAUGAUGUGCGUGAUCGCAUUAGUGGCAUAACAGCGGGUAAUGUCACAGGCGCCAUAAAAUUUAUGGAAUCGUGUGGCACACACUACGUCAACUCCUACACGACAGGGAAUUCGUUGUAUCAGGUGUUUGUCUACACACGCAAAAACUACCAAAUGAUUAGAGAUCGCAUCAAAUCGAAGGGAUUGAACAGCCUCUCGAAGAAGGAUCUUUACGAUUUCUUUGCGCCAUGGCAUGCCGUACAUUUGGGGCAAAUACGUUCGGCGAGCGCCAAUGCAACAGUGGAACGGUGGGCACGUCGAAAACUGCAAUAUGAGUACUAUGUUGUCAAAUAUGUAACCCUGCUGAAGCUACACGGGAAUGGCACACUACUGAAAGCACUGGAUAACCUCUUAGGCAACGAUGCGAUUCUGCAAUUGGAUCUGAAGUCACUGAAUGUUAUAUUUAGGGAUGAACCUGAAAAGCGGAGUUGGUUCAACGAAGUGCUAGACAAUCAAAUGAAGCUUUGGGAAGUCAACAUGCCCAUGAACUGACGGUCGGUCCAGACAGUGGCUAUGUACGGUACAGCUGGUUGCGAGGAUUCGUGAGCCACCGUAAAUGUUCCUAAGUCGUUCGCGACUACACUAUGCACUGUUGCCAUUCGUUUGCGUAGCCGUAAGUUAUGUACGAGUACUAUGUAUAUAUUGUAGUAGAUAUGUAUGUACAUAUGUACGUGUGAGUUCAAUGUUGAAGUGCUUGGCGAUGGUCACAUUACUUUAGAAAACACGAAUCGUUGUUGUUGACCCCGGAGGCUGCAAUAAUGCUUUUUCGAUGCCUGUGAUAGUUUUAAUUGAUUUUAUUGUUGUAAAUUAAGUUAGUCCUUACUUAAGUCAUAGCAUACUACUGUACAUAUUUACGAGUAUGUAUGUAUGCAUGAAUGUAUGUAUAAAUAGCGAAGGUUAGAUAAGAUUAGGGGGAUAUAUACGUAAGUAUAGAGGUAAUUGUUCAUCUGUAAAUGUAUGUACAUAUCUGUGUAAGUUUGCAUGUAUGUAUUUAAUGUUAUGUGGAAUUCGAAACGGGACUUGUAUAAUUGUAUAGGUAGACUUACUUACGAAUAUGAGUUAAUAAUUAAAUUAGUGUAAGAACGAUUUGUUAAGAAAAUAUUUGUAAAUAUAAAAAUUGGAGGUUAAAUAGAUGAGAAAUCGCGAAGGAUUGUCUUUUUUAUUAACUGUCUGCAUGUGAGGUCAUUAAAAGUU